AUGACACAACUUAUGGCUGACAAAGUCGUCUUGAAAAUAUCUCAGUCAAUCAGGGAAUAUAACCCGGAAUCAGAAAACCUUGGAAAGCUUAGGUUUUUCACGAUUCCGGGGUUAUCAAUCUUUUUCUUCCAAAAUUGCCCUCCGACUACUCCGCCCUUCUUCACGCUCGACGAUCGCGCGGAUUUCUCGCCCGAGGCUGACCUCCUGCCGCCCUCUCUGGUGUCCCCCAUCGGCGCUAGGAGUUGGGGCCAGAAGGGAUUGAUCUCGCCUUUCCCUUCUUAUUCAUCCUCUUCCCGCUUCCUUCCGACCCGAGCGGCGGAGGCGAAUGGUUCUGGUCCUUCCAACCGGCGUGGGAAGAGCCCUGAAGGCUCGAGUUGGGUGAUUUCACCUGCUGAAAAUGGUGGGGAACAAGAUCCGGACUGCGGCUUGCCUGUAGAUGGGGUGGUUGAGUCGGGAGUGUUGAUUGUGCUUCCGCCGCCGCCGAGUACGGAUUUACCAAGGCCUGAGCUGCAAGGACCUGUGGUGCUGAAUGGUGGCCUGGAGGCGGACACCAUCCUGCCAUGGCUAUGUAUCAGAAACACCUGCCCCCUUUGUAGAUUCGAAUUGCAACCGAUGAUCCUGAAUAUGAGAAGUGGAAAGCUAGGAGAGAAAAUGAUGUCACCUCCCUUGAUGAACCACAGCUCAGGUAUGAUUUUGAAAUGA